AUGCGUAAAAUCCUGGCACUGCUUUCCCACGGUGAAAAUGAGGUUACAUCGCCCCACAAUCAUAUUGGAGGCAGCGGAUGCAGCAGUUCGGGACUUCAGCUGGGCAAACAAGUAACCAUAAACAACCAACGGUUUACUUUGGACUCGGUCAUCGCCGAAGGCGGUUUUGGGAUAGUAUAUCGCGUGCACUCCUCCAGCGGUCGGCGUUUCGCUCUGAAACGAACCCUCGUCAACAGCGAGGCGGGUGUCUCAGCUAUGAAGCGGGAAAUAACAAUUGUGAGCUCGCUGUCGCACAAGAACAUUGUAAGCUACAUCACAUCCCAGGUGUCGGAAAAAGAACCAGGCAUUUACGAAGUCCUCCUCUUAACAGCCUACUACCCUAGUAAGUCGUCGCCUAAAACACAGGCGUUGCGCUUAACCGGGACCACUCACCUUAUGCGAGGUUCCGUUUCACGGAUCUUGAAUGAGCGCCAACAAAAGAAGGAGGCAUUCCUCGAGUCUGAAGUCCUGCGCAUUCUUGCGGACCUCUGUGAGGCCGUUUCGAGGCUGCAUCACUGCCAGACGCCCAUAAUUCACAGGGACUUGAAGAUGGUCGAUCUCUACACAGACGGCGGACAACCCUUGGGCACACCUGUCGAUAUUUGGGCCCUCGGUUGCCUUACCUACGGCGUCUGCUUUUUCUCCCUGCCCUUUGGCUCGAGCACACUGGCAAUCCAGACUGGCCAAUACACCACACCCGAUUCCUGCUCCUACUCCACUAAACUACUUAAACUCAUCAACUACAUGCUGACGAUCCCCAUCUCCAAACGACCGGACAUUCACCAGGUCGCUGCUCUCACCUUCUCCCUCCUCGACCGACCGAAUCCCGUCCCCAACGUUAAUGUAAGCAGACUUCUCUCCGCUAACCAAUGGUUUGACAUUUGCGCUGAAGUUUGA